UCUCUCUCUGUCUCUCUCCUUUUCCCCUCCCCAACCCCCGGUAGAGGCGCGACUGCUACCCGGGAAGGGGGCUCACUCCGAGUUGCGAGGGGAGGUAAUUUACUCAGAAUAAGAGGCCGCCUUUAGGAAGUAUAAAUAGUGAGACUUCAAGCGCAGCCUCGCUAUCAGAUCUGAACUCUCCGCAGGAAGAAUUGUCAAAGAUCUUAACAUUGAACAAGCGCGCUCCGGCAGGGAAGCAUCAGUUCCCAUUUCCCUCCAGCGGCCCCCGCCCCUUCUCUUCUCCUCCUUCUCCUCCUCCCUCUCCUCCUCACCCUUCUCCCCCUCCUUCUCUUCUUCCUCCUCCUCCUCUUCUUACUUCUUUUUCUCCUUCUACUUCUCCUCCUCUUUCUUCUUUCUUCUCCUCUUUUUCUUCUUCUUCCUCCUCCUCCCUCUCCUCCCCCACCUCCUGUCCCAUUGAUGUGUUAUUAUUGGGGGGGCUGGAGCAGUAAAAAAAGAAGAAGGAAAAAAAGAGCGGGGCUCUGCUGGCAGAGGUUGAGCGCCGGGCUGACGUGUGGCGGCAAUGGAAGAACUUACGGCGUUCGUCUCCAAGUCUUUUGACCAGAAAGUGAAGGAGAAGAAGGAGGCGAUCACGUACCGGGAGGUGCUGGAGAGCGCGCCGCUGCGCGGGGCCAAGGAGCCGACCGGCUGCACCGAGGCGGGCCGCGACGACCGCAGCAGCCCGGCAGUCCGGGCGGCCGGCGGAGGCGGCGGCGGAGGAGGCGGAGGCGGAGGAGGCGGAGGAGGCGGAGGAGGUGUAGGAGGAGGAGGAGCAGGCGGAGGAGCUGGAGGAGGGCGCUCUCCCGUCCGGGAGCUGGACAUGGGCGCCGCCGAGAGAAGCAGGGAGCCUGGCAGCCCGCGACUGACGGAGGGUAGAAGGAAGCCAACGAAAGCUAAGGUCCAGGCUACGCUGCUUCUCCCGGGCGAGGCGUUUCGGUUUCUUGUGUCCCCGGAGCUGAAAGAUCGCAAAGAGGAUGCGAAAGGGAUGGAGGACGAAGGCCAGACCAAAAUCAAGCAGAGGCGAAGUCGGACCAAUUUCACCCUGGAACAACUCAAUGAGCUGGAGAGGCUUUUUGACGAAACCCACUAUCCCGACGCCUUCAUGCGAGAGGAACUGAGCCAGCGACUGGGCCUGUCGGAGGCCCGAGUGCAGGUUUGGUUUCAAAAUCGAAGAGCUAAAUGUAGAAAACAAGAAAAUCAACUCCAUAAAGGUGUUCUCAUAGGGGCCGCCAGCCAGUUUGAAGCUUGUAGAGUAGCACCCUAUGUCAACGUAGGUGCUUUAAGGAUGCCAUUUCAGCAGGAUAGUCAUUGCAACGUGACGCCCUUGUCCUUUCAGGUUCAGGCGCAGCUGCAGCUGGACAGCGCUGUGGCGCACGCGCACCACCACCUGCAUCCGCACCUGGCCGCGCACGCGCCCUACAUGAUGUUCCCAGCGCCGCCCUUCGGACUGCCGCUCGCCACGCUGGCCGCCGAUUCGGCUUCCGCCGCCUCUGUAGUGGCGGCCGCAGCAGCCGCCAAGACCACCAGCAAGAACUCCAGCAUCGCCGAUCUCAGACUGAAAGCCAAAAAGCACGCCGCAGCCCUCGGUCUGUGACGCCAACGCCAGCACCAAUGUCGCGCCUGCCCCGCAGCACUCAGCCUGCACGCCCUCCGCGCCCCGCUGCUUCUUCGUUACUCCUUUGAGACCUCGGGAGCCGGCCCUCUUCCCGCCUCACUGACCAUCCCUUGUCCCCUUUCGCAUCUUGGACUCGGAGAGCCAGACUCCAUGCAGGACCAGGGAUCUCACGAGGCACGCAGGCUCCGUGGCUCCUGCCCGUUUUCCUACCCGAGGGCCUAGAAUUCGGUUUUGUAGGAGCGGGUUUAGGGGAGUCUGGAGAGAGACUGGACAGGGGAGUGCUGGAACCUCGGAGUUUGGCUCACCGCAAAGCUGCAACGAUGGACUCUUGCAUAGAAAAAAAAUCUUGUUAACAAUAAAAAAUGAGCAAACAAAAAAAUCGAAAGACAAACCGGAGAGAAAACGAGAAAGGGAACUUAUUUCUUAUUGCUAUUUGGCAGAAGCUGAAAUUGGAGAACCAAGGAGCAAAAACAAAUUUUAAAAUUAAAGUAUUUUAUACAUUUAAAAAUAUGGAAAAACAACCCAGACGAAUCUCGAGAGACUGUGGGGGAGUUACCAACUUAAAUGUGUGUUUUUAAAAAUGCGCUAAGAAGGCAAAGCAGAAAGAAGAGGUAUACUUAUUUAAAAAACUAAGAUGAAAAAAGUGCGCAGCUGGGAAGUUCACAGGUUUUGAAACUGACCUUUUUCUGCGAAGUUCACGUUAAUACGAGAAAUUUGAUGAGAGAGGCGGGCCUCCUUUUACGUUGAAUCAGAUGCUUUGAGUUUAAACCCACCAUGUAUGGAAGAGCAAAAAAAGAGAAAAUAUUAAAACGAGGAGAGAGAAAAAUAAUGUUAACACAAAAAUGAUGCCACAGACAAUGAUUUCUCUGAGAAAUUAUUAUGGCAAAACUGUCUGGACUGCUGACAGUAAAUUCCGGUUUGCAUGUUACUUGUAUUCCAUUGAUGGUGUGUCUCCUCCCACCCCCUUAUCUCCCAUGCACUCACUCCAUUUUCAUCUUCACUACGAAAAACAAUACCAAAAGCAUCUGGAAAUUGAUAUAUAUAUAUUUGCCCUGUCUUUGAUCCUGGGGAACAAAAGAAAAAAGUCUGAAAGGGAAAAAAUUACACUCAUUGUCCUAAGAAGACAGAGGUGGGCAGAAUAUGUGGGGAAAGGAAAAGGAAAACAAGACCACCAAAUGAAAUAAUGAAGGUACAGCGCCUCGCUGUGCCAGACACAGUAGGCGCUCAAUCAGUGUUAGUUCCCACCAUUCCCCUUUUCUUGUGUUCCUUCUUGUUGGUUUCCUGAAGUUCUAUUUGAAGACAGUGCUUUAUUUCCCCCUCUCUAUCCCGUCAAAUUCACCUUAAAUAACACCCAGCUAGAUACAGGCACUAGGUUUGUGUAAGAUAUGUUGAUACACACGAACAAAGUUUAUUUUGGCUAUAAUGUGUGGACUGACUUUAAACAUUUGCAUUUUAUCUCACAAAGGUGUAUCUAUUCAAGUAACCUUGUUUUUUUGUUUUGUUUCUUUUGGUUGUUUGUUUCAAUUCAUGUGGCUAUUUAAACUGGGAUACCUUGAACUAAGCCAAUCUGUAUCCCAAUUCGCUAGCAAGCCUAAGUUUGUGGGUUUUUGUUUUUGUUUUUGUUUUACCUUCUAAUUUACAAGAAAGAGGAAAAGCUCUUCUGACUGAACUUCGGUAUGCGGUUGAGCUUUGUAACUAUUUGUUCUCCAUGAAAACAAUAUUAUUUAUAUUUGACAUAUUUUUUUCUAGUGUAUUAAGUUAUUUUAAACAAAAGAUGUUAUCUCAUGACGUGCUGUCAGUACAAAAUGUGUCGCCUCCAAUUCUGUUAAACCUUUUAAAUAAGUGCCAAGUUAUUAAUUGAAGACACUUUGCGAUCAAUUGAAUGAAAAUAUCGUUUCAUUUGAUGGGGUUCGCGUCAUCUUUGUUCCUGUUACUAUUAAAAUAUCUGGGAUAGUC